CGGUAUAAUAUCUACAGAUCAUCUGUUAAUUGAGACAGAUUGGCAGCACGUCGACCGCAACGUGUGUCCCAUUUGUAUAUGCGUGAAUAAUCCAAAUACUAUAGAUCUAGAGUAGUCAAAAAGAUAAUGAGUAUUUACCACGACGAAGUCGAGAUUGAGGAUUUCGAAUACGACGAGGAGGAGGAAAUGUAUUACUACCCUUGUCCCUGCGGUGAUCGAUUUCAAAUUUCCAAGGAGGAACUUAUUGAAGGGGAGGAAGUAGCCACCUGUCCAAGUUGUUCACUGAUCAUUAAAGUCAUAUAUGACGCGGAUAUGUUUAAAGCGGAGGAGGACGAAACGGCGGCGCUUAACGAGAAGUUGAGCGACUUAAAGCUGGAGAGGAACUAGCUCCUAUUUAGAGUGUCGUCGAGUGGGUAAUGAUCAAUUUUUUAUUUGUAUACUUUCGUUUAUUGUAAAUAAUGUGUUGACUAGUAAACAAUUAGUUUAAAUAAUACUUUACCGGAAAUAUUUGAUUACAGUUUUUGUUACAUAGCUUUAAAAAAAAAUAUGUCCUAUAAAUAAAUAAUGAAUCGGAAAUAAGACCCGCACAGAUGGUCUGAUAAAAUUCAAAGAAUAUUCCCUGUGCAGAUAAUUUAAGAUCGAUAUAAAUAAUCAUUGUAAAGCUUAAUGUACAACUACAAAGAUUAUGUAUUGCACUAGGCGCUAAAUUUGAAUAUAUAUCAUAUUCAGGAAAACACAAGGAACUAAUUUUAAGUACGAGUUGAGUGUGGAAAUGUGAACAUAGUUACAUGGAAAUAUAGUAAAUCAUAACAAUAUGAA